GAUUCAAGGUGUGAGCUUGGGAGUUGAGCUGAGGUUACAAUAGUCUAGCUAUAUGUUGGUCAUAGCCUGCAUAGUUUCAUCUCUAGUUGUAAUUAUGCUGUUCGUAUAAAUACUGUGUUGACUUUGAUUCAUCCACCCACACUCUGUCGUGAUUUCUCAAGAGGGUGGCAACGUGUUAAUACCUGACACGCAAAUUUUCCACAAAGACAAGGUAAGACGAGAUUUGAAGUUUUUUUCUCAAAAAUUUGCGACGCACGAAUUACUGCUUAGAGUACACGCAACGCGUGAAUCUUUCUAAAAGCUGUACGUGAAACGGGAUCAGGUUCCCUCCCUUCCUUUCUGCUCGCUUGCUACUCGCUACUCUCUUGCAAGACAGUUACCAUGGUGGUACCUUUCGCGUAUACCACGUCUUGUGUUCCUCCGAAAAUAGAAAAACACGCAUUUCUUCGUAGUCUAAUGGAACGCAGAAGUAGACAUCUGUCAUUAGGACAUUAAGAGUUCCUUAAUAACCUCUUCCGAACGAUCCUAAUACGCACUCAUUAUUUCGAGCGGACAAGCAUAUUGGUUGCACCGCCAAUGGCCUUAUAAAUGCUACAGAAGUGGAAUAUUCUUGGUUGGAUUCAAAAGGUUACAACACACCUUAUUUGUUUGAUUUCGCACUCUGAAUGUAAUGAUGGUAGUUGGGAGUGAUUCUAAAACCUGUGAGACGUUGAUCAACGUUUUGCUUUGUAUUGUCGUUUCUCAGACAAUAUAAUUGUUACGAUAUUGACUUUGAAGUUUUCAUGGCGGUUGCCAAGGUGACCGUUACGUACAAAACGUGUAGUCAACACUAAACUAAAAGAGUUAUGGGGGAAAACUUGUUAGAUCUAUCCUUAUGUGGGAACAAAAUGCACAAAAUUUUAAGUCAUUUCUAUUUUAGGCCAGAAGGAUACCAUCCUCACCGUAUUGCCUUUAGUGAAGCGAAGGAAGCUAAACUUGUUAAACCCAGACGACAGAGACUACACUUGCGAUAAAGUAUCAAAGUUACAGACUAAUUAGGUCAGGAAAGAUCAUUUGACAGGUUAGUUGAGACUAGUGAUAAACAAACACCUCAUUUAAAAUUUCCUCCACUCGAAUCGUUGUCUUGUAAGACCUUCUACAACGCCUCUUGCUAAGUUUGAUCUUUAUUCUUGACCAACUGUGCAUAACUUGUAAACUUAGUUCUAAAAGCUUUCGAGGUCCGGUCAACGUCACAAUUGCUUCAGGCAAGUCGUCGCAUUAAAUAAAACCUAAACCUUCAGCCGGCCGGUAAAUGAGGUUUAGUUAGGUUUGAUAUAGAGGUUCGCUCAUUCGGUAGCAAAGUCCUGAAGGGCAGUCAAAAAGGACUCUAUGACCUUAGAGUAAGAGGUCUUUCCGAAAAAGACUAAAACUCUUAAGAGUUUAGUUCGAUUUUCUUUCCAAAGCCGGCACUCACUUGGACAAAACCACAGCUUGUUAAAAAAAUUUCUUACUCUUUAGUCAGCACUUUACUUCGUCUUGCCCUUUUCCUGGCCGGAAUGAUCUCAUUAAAACUAAGUGAAGUGGCUAUUUGCGUUUUCGGGCAGCUGUUGUCGUCUGUUUUCUUGCACGGAAGUCUUGUAGUUUCCAAUAGUUGUUGUUUUGGAGGUAUGCCUCUGAUCUAAUGGGAUCUUAGCCCUUGUUGGAUUGUGAUCAGUGAUGUUAUGUGAUGUCUGUGACGUCAAUGGCCUGAAAUGCCCGCAGCUACGAGCGGAGCCUUUAGCUCAUGGGAUUAGAACAUCUUUUUUUUAAUUUUGCGCCACAUCUUUCAAGUCGUCAUACAUUUUUAAAAACUGUCGCAAUCAGGAAAUAUGCAUAUGUAGGAAAGUGCGAUUUCCUCGAACGAUCAUAAAGUGUUGAGAAUGUGGCAGCGAAUGCAUUUUAGUCUUCGUUUGAUAGUUUGUUCUAGAUUUUUCUUUAUCAUCAUAAAUGUUAAUCAGAUAAAGUUUUGAACAUGAGUGUGAGAUAACUCUCACGAAAGCUUAAACGUAGUUCUUCUAUGAAAACUAAAUCAAGUUAGAGAACCAUAAUCAUUAUUUCAUGUAGUUGUGAGCAGGAACAAGAAGCCAUGAAUAAUCAUCAAGAACAAAUUAAAUGCUGCUACUAAGUUUAGUUUAGGUUUUGGUAAAUCGAUAAUCAUCAUAUUGCGUAUAUCUCCUGUGGUCAUAUCCUCGACCCUCAGUUUGGGGUAGCCAAUUUGUUUUUUCCUCUUGCAAUUUGAGUAUGUUUAUAUGUGACUGGACGUACAAUCGCUUUUGUCGAGUUUGUCAAUUAAAGGUCUUCAGAACAGGUUUUCCGGUAUCCAUAAUUUGGCUUAUUUCAAAUCCGUGAUUUGUGGAAGAGAUGAGCGAAAUUCGGGAUUGUAACUUUGAACACAACACAAGUUUGGGCACUGUUCAACUAAGGAAGUUUGAAAUAAGAUAUUGGAAAUACAAAGAUUUAGGAGGUUCAAUCAAAAUUCAUUCUGAGACAAAACUGUCGUCUUGAAAAGUCGGAUUAGUCGAUAUGGGAAACAAAAUGCUUGACUCAGGCUUUAAUAAGCUUGUCGAGUCAAGAAAGCUUUUCAACUCAGGCUAGGCUUCUUCUUUGGGAUGGGGAUUGUGACUGGGAUCGGGUUUCGUUGAUGAAAACCGUCUGGAAACGGAGGUGAAGGAAUAUUCGGUCAAGGUGACGUUAUCGAGGAGCUUCUUCGUUAUUAUUAUCAUUAUUAUUAUUAUUAUUAUUAUUAUUAUUAUUAUUAUUAUUAUUAUUUGUUAUGUAAGAAUUAUAGCGUGGCGCAAGGGCCGUGUAUCGUGACUAGAUUAUUGUCCAGCAUGUUCCUUAACACUCACUCGGGGUCCAGUGCAAUGUAGUUUGGUCAUAAAUAAAUUCGACAGAUCCCUGAUGACAGCAAGUUAGGAAAUUGUACCAGCAAGUAAUUGAUCGUAUAGGAUUUGAAAGGGUGGGAUGUAACCGAGUUGAUGAAACAAAAUCCUGUACCGCAAGUGUGCCAAUUAAUGUAUAAUUUCAAAGACGUUUAAGAAUUUUAAGAAUUUACCCGAUAGUAAGCGUCCGCUCCAUGAAGGAACAAAUUUUUGAUGCGAAAAGUUUAUUUCUCUUGACUCACCGCCUAAGAACUAAUUUUUCAAUUGUGAUUGAAUCCGGUUUUCAACACAUUAAAUGUAAGCGAAUGAACAAAAAAAACUACUUGCGUCUAAUUGGGUUCACAAUUAUUUUAGGAAAAUAAUUACCGGGUAAGGGUAUUAAAGCAUGUUUAUUCCUCUUUCCGAUUUUUGAAUCCUCUAGAACAGCUUCACACUCUUGAAUCAAAUUACCCUCUUUACUUAAAAAGAAGGCUGCUUUGAAGACUUAAGGCAAGAAUAGACAGUUAACAACCUCUUAAGAACUAGAAAAUUCGACUACUUAUCCCUAACUAACUGGCGGGAGAAUUUCCGUUCCAUUUUAAUAUUGGAACCUAUUUUUAAAUAAUUCCUAGCAUUUCUCACUUGAAAGGGGGCAAUCACCAAGCAACUCGAAACGUCUAGGCGCAUAUAAGUCUAGAGUACCGUGCAUCUUAUUUCGCACUUAUUGUUUUGAGCAGGAGAAAAACACGCCAUUUGGAAUUUUAUCCCUCAAUUUUGAUAGAAUCGUCUAAGCUCAGCCUGAACACAAUAAAUACAUCCAGCCAGCUAAAGUUACAGAGUAAGGUAAGAAAACUGAAAAAUAGUUAAUUAUUUUGGUGAUGAAGGUAAAAUUUGAGGGCCAGCUUGCUCGAUUCGGGAAAAAAGUGGUACUCUAUCAAAGUUUCCGAAAAAUUGAGUCAUAGCGUAUCAUGCUGAACUGUUAGAACUUGAAGCUGAUGUUAACCGCAGAUUAGUUGCACAUUGUUAGAUUCUAGAGAGUUAGCAUCCUGUUUGGAUCCAGAUCUCUAGAUCUAUGGGGAUUUGGCUAAACUCUUCCUUCACGUGCCAUUUCAGUGUCAUUGAAAAGCGAAACUAUGUAGCCUGAUAUUGCACUGAAGAGUCUGGAGCGAAGGACUGUACUGGAGUUGGUCCUGUAAAUAUUUUCCCUCUGGAUUCCUUCCAUUGAUCGGCAUUUUUAUCCCUUCGCUGUUUUGCACUCUGCUCUUUUUUAUUCCCCAAUAACGAUGUGGGAAAGGUAUGUUCGAAAGUUCAUCUGAGACAUUUUAAAGACACUAAGUUUUUCCAGAAAUAUUCUCACAAUCAGCAAGUUAGUCAUACCGGCCUUCAAGUUCUCGUUCUAUUGUAGAAGCUGCAGUCCUGUAAUGCUUUUUAGAUUUUGGUGUAAUGGAAAGUAAAAUCCCAGUGGAUACUUACGAUAAGGGUUUCUUUCACUUUUGUCCUAUCGCAAUAACAGUUUGGCAUGUUUGCGUUUGGUUGCUUUAGCAUGACUCUUUCGCCACUGUGUUUUAGAGACUGCAAAACAAGGAGUUAGAAAGAAAAUUAACGCUAAUUUUCCUCAAACUUGCAUGCUAUAACUCAGUGAAAAUCAGGCCAUAAUCGAAAUUUUUAUGAAACAAUAAUAUUAAAGCGUAAUAUGAUCUUGAGUGAAGAAUGCACUAGGUAAUUAAUAGAAAUGUUUUGUUAUUAUGCAGUAGUGAUGUUUAGUGACCGCUGAUUGCAGGGCCUCUGCAGGCACAUUCUUGUACAGUAGCAGUAUGUUUCUUAUUGUAAAGGCGAAGGGGCAAAAUUCGCUCUAAUUUCGGCUAGACAUGACCCGGCAGGGUUGUUCACCUUUCGUACUUAUUGUUUUUUCUUUUGCACGGUUUGUCGAUCAGCCAAUCGCAUCUUUGUGUGUGUUAAAGUUGCCCAUAAUAAAUAUUUAUAGCUUAACAGAGCACGUAGCCAGACACAGCUAUUGGUGACUUAAUCUUCUAUUUUCUUUCCCUCGUUUGGGUACGGUGAAUCCUUGUACUCUUCCUGUGCAAAGAAGCGAUUAGUUAUUGUCAAUUAGUCUAAAACGAUCUCUCAGUACAUUAUUGUGCAACCAGAUUGCAUAACAGACGCGCCAGCUGACCUCUACGAUAUUUUGCGGGUAAUUUGGAAACAUCACACCAACGAAAAACUAGAGCGUUUAUAUUUUUGAAACAGGCCUGUGCAAAUUGCCAUCCCAGGGCUAAAACGGAGUCAAAAUGCUUUUUCCUGAACUGUCACGUCGUAUGCAUGCAUUUUCCCAAUUGGGUGACUACUUAAGAUUUUUUAAUCGUUCAAAGGUUCGUUUAUCAGUUAAUGACUCUUAACACUUUCAGUCCUUAUAAAAGAUCACAGAGCCAAUUGCACCCACUUGAGUAUCCUGCCAGACAAAGAUGCAUGCAUCUCGGUAUGUUUUUAGCAGAGUGAAACAAUAGCUCAUUUUUUGAUGCUUUCUUUUGAUCAUUUCGCUAUCAACCGAUGUAGGAAGCAUAAGCGUUUUCCGAGCACCAAUUAAAGGUGCUGACGAUGUUUGUAAAAAUUCGUGGAGGAAAAAUCAUUUUGUGUGCGUUUCCAAAACUGCCUCUUCUUAAACUCUCUAUCUUCAUUACCAGAUGGUUUAAACAGAUAUAUAUAGAGAGAGUUUAAAAAUAUGUUAAGAGGUAAUUAUUGAAAAUAAUUAUAGCAAGUAAGGUGAUCAACUCCCUUUUUAAGAGAGUUUUUUACAAGCAAAUCUCUCCAUGAACAGAAGGAUUAAAAGUCAUAUCUAAUCAGUCUUACGACCAUGGUUAAACAGAAAGCAAUCGAAUAACACUCUGGUCUUGAAGAUAUCGCAGAAUCAUCAAAGAUGAUAAUUCAUCUAUCCAUUAAGUUUGAACUUUUUGGUGGAGAACUUUUAACUGUUCAUGUAGUAAAUCCAUGUAAACCUCACCCAGUAAUGCUUAUUUUUAUUUGGCACCAUGGAACAAAGCGUCUUGUUUGUUUUCUCGUCUGAUAGACCAUUGAGUGCUCUUGUCUGAAUUCUAUGGCCUGAGUAUCAGGUUUUGCGGGGUAGAUAAUCAAACAGAAAGUAGCGCGAAGAAACGGAGGGUUUUAUAUUCGUGUCUUUGAUCAAUGGCUAUUAAGUGAAAGGUACUAUUUAAUUAGACAAUCUUAGUAGUGUUCAAUGUGAAUACCUUACUUGUAGGUGAUAGCACUUCGGUAUCCUUUAAAUUAGUGGAUUGUCAGCAACCAAUGACCUGUAAAAGAUUAAUCAAUUAAAUGUAAGUGGUUAUGAAUAACCCUUUAACCACACAAUGGCUUUACUUGAGGAAAGGUUACAUGUGGCAAACAGCCCAAGGAAGAGUCACGCAUAAAGCUGAUUAAAAUAGAAUAAGAGUUUUUUUACUGAAUCGAAUGAAAAGAUAAGUUGAAGCUUCGCUGGCUGUUUCUUGCAUAGAGCUGAAAGCUAAAUUAGCUCCCAGCGCAGUCACGGGGGGGCUAAAAUCGCAUUUUGGCUCGUAGAACAUCUCUGUUUUUUUACCCAUUGAAGCCAUUCCUAACCAAAAUAGGCGGGAUUUUAUCUCCUUUCUAUACUAAUUUUUCGGCAUGCAUUUUAAGGCGUGCCACUUAAUUCCUUUUUAUUGUGAUAUUUUUCUUCAUUUCAAAGUCUGCUGAUGUUCUGAUGCACGAGAUAAUGAGUUAUUCCAAACUUCUAAGGAAUUUGGUUGAGAGAUUGAGGAAAAGUAUAUUACAGUGAACCAUUGCAGUGUCAGACAGGUCUUUUCAAUUGUCUCCUCGUAAUUAAGAAACACACGAUGCCAAUCAAGUUUCCAUCGAUCUUACCUUAUUGAUGUCCUAUCAGAUUGACACAAGAGCAAAAGUUGAUAGAUAACGAUCGUAUUAACAAAGACCUUGACAGGCUCCCAAUUGUGUUCUUUGCUUGUCCCCUGGCACCAAGUAAAUUUAUAAAAUGCUUUCACGUGCUCCUCAUGCAGGUAUGCAAGUAAAGUAUGAGUCGCUAGUGAUAGAACUUAAUCGUUAGUGCCAGCAAUAUCGUAAUUGCAAUCGAUUUAGUUGCCAAUCCGAAACAAUAAAUCGUUGGUGUUGAACCUCAAUCGCUUGUGUUAAUGUUGUUGCAUCAAACGCCGUUGCAAGACUCUAGUUGGAAGCGCUAAUUAUAAAUCGCCUAAGUUCUGAAAUAGAUCGAUAGCGUCAAAUAUCAAUCGUAGUUUUUAGUAUCAGCCGAGUGUGUUUAGUCUUUGACGCUUUUGUUAAUUUUAAAUACAGCAAUCGUUUGUGUUAUGUCAAGCAAUGUCAAUCGCCAAAGUUACGAUCGAUUGUUUGUGAUAGAUAGAAAUCGCCCCCGCAAAACGGUAAUCGUAAUUGCAAGUAUCGAUUUGUUAUUGGUCCUACUGUCGAUUGCAUCUACCCUUCCACACAGAAGCCGAUGAGGGACGCUUUUGAUAUCCGAACAAAAAUAUUUUGAGUUUAAUUUUUAAUAUAAACUCGUAUUGAAAAGUUUUAUUUCCUCAGAUCUAAAGAGUAAUUGCAAAUCCUGAUUAAAUCAUUGUUCCCACAAACAAAUUUUUCAAAAUCCCCAAAAUGAUAUGUUAAUUUUUUUUUAAAUGGCGAAAAUGACCUAAGUGAUAGUGUUGUUUAGAUUUUUUGAGACGGACAACUAGACGGCAUCUUAAAAUAGACUCAUCUAUUAAGUAAAACCCCAUGAUGUGUUUCUAGGAAGAGACGCAGAAAGAAUAAGGAGCGUGCUUAAGUAUCCAAUCUGCUGAAGGAAAUUAGCUUAUACAAGCAAUCGACGUCGGAAGACUCAACUGCAUUGUGUGAAUAAUCGUAAGGAUUAAAAGAUUUCCCUGGGUGGGAAAACUGAAGUAAGUCAAAGUCUAGGUCAAGAUUAGAAAACAGGAUGAUAGUUAUUAACGGCGGAUUGUUUCCUCGAUAAACAAUCUAUGUAAGCAAUCCUCAGUCGAUUUGAAAAGUUUCGCAAGAUUCCCUUUGUAAAUAGAAUAUCCUGCCUGAUAAUGAAAGUGACAAGAGUUUAUGAAAGGCUAUUUCAUUAGUAAGGCCUGACGAGGCAAGUCUAGCCCCAAGGUCAGGUAGUUCAAGUGAUUCUGUGAUGAGGAUCUUUGGACGACUUAGAUAAAGCAGGAAAAGUUCCAUCAGGUGUGCGAAGAAUCCUUGGCGGUAUAAAAGAAUAGUGAGAUCAUACUCACUAUUAAAUACGGUACAUAGCCCUUUUCCGCCUCAUGUCCUCAUAGUAAGGAGGAUACAUCCGCUGUUAAAGAGCUCUCUACGUUGUCAAAAGAUUUGAAUACUCUGAUGACAGGAGCUUAUACUCCAUCUUUCAAAGAUUCUGCGUCAAUAGUAUCCCGUUUUGAACCCUUAAAUUCUCACACAUGCUAUUCUAGAUAAAUAACUCUACCACAUAACAAGGUGAAAAUGUGGCGAGGCCUGUCAGACAGAGACACCUUUUAUUUCUAGUUUACGAGGGUGGUAAAGGGUUUUUGCGUGAAGCACAACAAUUCGUGCAUGAAACGGGAUCACGGCCCUCGUUUGCUACCGUCAUUUAUCCCCUGACUAUCCUAGAUUAUCCUAAUGAUAAUUUGAGGUUUUCAUUUGAGUGCAGGUCUAAUGUGUCGAUCAAAGGGUAAAAUCCAAUCUUUUUUCAUUUCACCUUGCUGACGACGAAUUCAUAAGUUUUUCUAUAACCGUUACUUUUCCGUUUGCUUCUUCUAAACGCGUCACAGACGCGCUGCCACAAGGCUACACUUUUUUGGUGAAAUUUGUGAAGGGAAUGGUCGCUGAAAACCAAAACCUUGCGGCAUAAUGCAAAGGUCAACUCUUAUAACAUGCAAAAAUUCCCUAUCACAUUAACUUUAAGCGAAAGCUCAAGACUUAAAGUGGCUCAGUAAUCGAUACCUUCAUCUACAUUUUAUUUUAGGGUUAAGAAUCUUGUUCUCCAGGUAUUUAAUCUCAAAAUAAACGAAAGAAAAUCAAACGAAAACACACGAAAAAACACGUCUGCAAAAAAUUAUUUGACCUUUCCCCUCUGGGACUAUGAUGCACGUGUACAAAUCCUUUUUUAAGGUUUGCUCUCUUCUCUGAAGUACUACACUUUACACGCAGGCUUUGAGACAUUUUCUGCGUGCAUUUGUUCAUGAUGUAUUGUUUUUAUGCGCUUUCAAGGUGAUGUGGUAAUCAUCUUGACGGAGGCUCUCAAAGCUAAUCUUUCUUGAUUAAUCAGAUCUAUUUUAAUUUAAAAUGCGUGUCUAUUUAUGGCUUAGUCCAAAAAGAUGAGGGAAGUCAGGUUACACUUGACAAGCUGGAAAGCAAGCCUCAAAUGAAUUCCUCCUGAUUGAGUUAAUGCAAAGACCCACCUAUCUUCAAUCGUUACUUUUGGUGGCAAUGCCAUGGCCUAUUCCAACUCUUGUUAAGCCCAAGUGUAUUUGCUUUCAAAUGGUAUCCGAAGAACGUGUCAGGUGAGGGUGGCUGGGAACCUAAGAACACAGAGAUUAAUCGCUUUUAGUAGAAUGUAAUCUUAAAGUUUUGAAAUGAGGACACUCUGGGUGAAGCUCACGAAUAUGCUACGCAUUGUAAGUCGAGGUUUUGCUCUACAGUAUUGAAAACAAUUUUUUACGAGUACUGCGUGAGGAAGAUGGUAUUAGCUGUGAGAGACUUAAGAGACGUCAUUUCUGCGGCCAAUUAUCCCUGUGUACGUACUUGUGCCUCUUAAGAAUUAUUGGCAGUACAUCCAGCCAGUAAAACCAUUAAAAAAAUUGCUAAACAUGGUUUUUGCAUGUAUUACUUUUGUGUUGAAGUCGCGUACCAUUUUCAAACUAAAACGGUGGGUAGACAGGCAGGUGUGCGGUAAUUACUUAAUCCUAUUUCCUGAUCAAAAUUAUCGUACACCCAAUUUCAAUGCCUACUGUUCUGGCGAAAACAAACAAGUCUGGUGGCUAAAAACGCUGCAGUUUACAUAGGUGUAAUUACAUAUGCAAAGUAGCUGAGAAAAGGCGGCACGAAAAAAUCAUCCAGUAUCUCCAAAAAGAUUUGAGACAAUUCUUUGGUUAGGUAUUCGACUUGAAGCAAAGUUUAACUGGGAAACAAGUGCAGGCGACGUCAAGAAUUGUCAAAAUACAACAAGGCUGAGCAAACUAGUCAUCCGCCUGAUUACUGACGUUAGCACCAGCAGGUAAGACCAUCCUUCCACUAGCUAGAUUAUGGUAGCCUAAGAUUGUAGCAGUUAUUCUGGUAACUGAGAAACUACACCGAAAAAUUAUGUCGCGGAAAUUUCUUUAUUUUUCUAUGCAAAGAACACACGACAUUAAUCAACAGGGCCCAGUUUCCAACACCAGGGUAGUGAACUGAACGAAGAACGGAUAGUGGACAAACUUCCUCUUAGGAUGUGAGUAGGUUAAUCGUGAGUUCCUACUGACAUCGUCUCGCAGUUUAAACUGCAUUCUUUCUUUUAACUCUCGCAAUUAGGAUACAUUAUCCAGCAUCCAUUUUCCCAACAGGCUACCGCCGGCGUUCUUGUCUUUUCGCUUAUUCCAAAUCGCUCUUUUAUGGCGCUAAAGGUAUCGUCGGUUUGGUGAUAUUUUUCAUAGUAAGACUAGGAGGCAGCUUAAUGAAGUGUUCUAGAUCCUUGCGAUCUGGUCUGGGUUCGUUGCCCUCGGGUCAAUUUCCUUCUGCUUGAUCCUAGUCCACCUUCUUGCAUACCUUAUGCCACUUUAAUCUUUUGAUACAUGGGCCCAGGUUUUAAUGACGGGAGGAGUUCGUAACUAGUUCCCUGGCGAGAUAGCUUUGAGUUUUACAGAAUAACGUUAGAAGAGUGGGACAUUUGACAAUAAACUUAGGGGUCGCGGCCAGCUUCGAUGUAAUUUAUGUUCAAGUUGCUUUGUUUGUAUCAUUAUUUGUAUAAUGACACUUUCCAAUUGGAAGUACUUCUCACCUAGUAUUAUGGCAACUCACUUCAGUUUUUAGACGUCCUUUGUUAGGAAUUGUCGACAAAUCCUGUCGACCUCAACACAACAAAAUCGCGAAGCAGUUUUCAAACACUUAGAAUGAGGUUGCCUAAAAGGUCAUCAAACGAACCCGGAGGUCUGGAAGGUUUCUUUAGAGCCGUAAGCUCGAGACAUUUGUACUCAGAGUCGGCCAACAAUCAUUCUUCUUACCUCUUGUAACUCUCGCUUUCUCUGUGGUAUCAAGACUUCAAAAACUGAGACGUAGAGUGCUAAGAUUCUGGGACAUCACAAUUUUAUCUCCAAGAGAAAAAGAUAAAAAAAAUAGGUUUGAUUGCUGGACAAGCACAUGUCUAGGAAUUUGAGUCAGCCUAAGCAUUUUAGGUGUGUGCUAUUGUUUCAUCAGAGUGGACAAGAUAGAGUCUAAUUGUUCAGAAAUAUUUCAUGAAUAAAAUAUAUAGAUUAAAUGUAGUUGCUUACAUCGAAAAUUUGAAUAAAUGUUAAUAAGGUUGAUUCCUAUCUUGCUAUUUUGUCAAAAUAUAUUUGAGUUUUAUUUUGGGCACAAUUCAGAUUCACAGGCAUUUCUAUUUCUGUUACACGUAAAUGUUUCAUUAAAAAACCAAACAUGGCGAUUUGCCAUGAAGAUAAGUUUGUCUGUCACCACACACUACCCUUUGUCUAAACUUUAAUUAAGUUGUUUGUGCCUAGCCUCGCUGUCUUUGUUCUAUGGCCUUCUGAGCGCGAGAACUUUAAAAGCGUUAUUCUCCCCAAGCGUGGGUGAAUUCACGAAAGGAAAUAGUGUAGGUUGUGCCGGACUCUGGCACGAAAACGUGAGUUGCUGUUGCAACAAGGAUUUGAUCGUCGUCAUCGAUGAGGAAAAUAAGAUAAAUUGCCCAUAGCGAAAACUCUGUUCUUUCGUCUCUAUUUUCCUGGUUUUGAAAGCACCUUUUGUUUGCCAUACGAAUGGUUUCCUUCUAUUCUCAAUCCCGGCAAAAAUACACUAAAUGACACGAUAUUGAGCGACAGAAAGGAAAGUGAGAAAGUUUUCUUCAGAAGCACGUGUUAGCUAUGUGAGUCUUCUUCUCCUGUUGACCUUAUUACUGGAACGAACCUUUGCUAGUAAAGUGAUUUCUGUUAACGAGAUUGAUCUGCUUUAGUUCUUGGUUUGACCACUUGUUUGGUCUUUGUAAAGGAAAACUGGCACGUCCAUGCCUUCUGCUUAGGCAUUGGUUAUUUUAGUGUUUUAACUUCCUAGCAGUUCAAAGCGAGGAUGUUAUAGACACACAGUCUUGUUGUAGGAUCUCCGCAGUCUCAAGGUGCAAAAAAUUAUAUCUAAUCUGAUGAUCACGAAAAGCUAAGUAAAUAGCACAUGUGAAAAAUAAUCAGAUAUGUCUCUAUUUGUUCCCAUUUGUCCAUGAUUGCGAAAUUUUGUUUUUCGAAUGAGAUUACUGGAAAACAAGCGGAAUAACAGAUAGAACCAUGCGAAGAGGUAAAUGACCACGUUCUCUAAGAGUGCAAAUAAGAAUUAACUCCUGAUGGAUCAAUUCCUCAGAAACGGUUGAUAAAAUUCAGCAAAAAAGCCGUGAGAACUAUUGUUUUUUCUCUCAAGCUUUAUGAAAGCAUUUUUGGGUUGGCUGAUCGUUACACUUUCCUUGCAUGUUGGCCAAGGAAAAGAACCAUUCAAGAUAUGAAUGGAGGUGUCAAGAACCUCGAGUCAAUACUCCUCGUCAUAGUGCUCUCAGUCCAGUCUGCCUUUUUUGGUGGGAUAGUCAAUUUAGUCAUCAGAGAUAAUCUUAAAAAACAUCCUGCAUUCAAGUGCGAUGCGGUGUUUAAAAACACCUAUUAAAGAUAAGACAACUGCGCAUCAGCAGAAAAAUUUCUUUAGAAGAUUGAUAACGUCUCGUUUUGUCACAGACCGGAUGUUUGUUUAGAAAUGCCGCCAGAGAAGAUCGAAUGUUGCCAUUAAUAUCAUCGAUGUUGUUUUAUCGUUUGAGCGGUUAAUAACUUGACGUUGUGGCGAAGUUCUCUACCGCUAAAUAAGGGAGAUCUUUCUCGAAUCUGAAAGUUUCUGACAUGAGUCGAGAAAGACUGGCCGUCUUCUGUUUCACUCGCAUGUCACCCACAUUUCGUGAUUGGAAAUGUCUCGGUUGUUUUUAUUCCUAUUUUACUUAAAGAAGUAUCCUUGUGUUGUUGCACUCGAAGGCGGUUUGUGGAAGGGUUGUAAUGCUAUUGGUGUUAAUUCCAAGCCCCUUACUAGAGAUUUUGGGAAACUCACACACAACCAUACCUCGGUUAGCUUUUUGAAUGUGCCUCUUGUACUUAGAUCCUUUUUCCUUAUAAAGUGCUUCUCAAAAUUUUUGUUGUCAUCAACCAGUGGAGCGCAGCAUUUGAGGUGUACACUCAGUUCAAAAGUGUACUUAACUGUUUUUAAUGGUUGUCCCGUUUAGUCGAAACGUGGCCUUAAAAUCUGGGAAAGGCUGAGAAACGCAUAACUGCUAUGUGAACUGUUAAAUAGCUACUUUUCUUCGGAAGAGAUUGAAUAUAUGGGCUUCCGUCACUUCGGUUUUUUUUCUCGUUUUUUAGACUUUAGGAUUGUCUUAACCUGCCCGGCCGUCCUCCAUGUGUUGAGUGUUGUACUUGUGAGUUCUUAUAAAUCUGGAUCAUUUUCUUCAGUUCUCACUGUUCGUUUGGGGUAUCACAAGUAACACCUCAAAGAAAUUCAUCAAGGUGCAAAUUUGUCGGGAAAAAUGUCUAUGUUCAAUCAGUGUAAAUCUGGCUCUUAAUUUCAAUUUUGUUUCCUUUAAGGUUUACUCAGACUUCUGUAGAGUUUUUCCCAUUCAACAAACUGUUUGUAAAUUUGAAGACUUUAUUUUUUGUUUGUAUACACUUAUGAUUCCUCUUUCUAUAAACUCGAUUCGCAUUUGCUGAUAAGUCGUCAUAUGGACUUGUAUAAUCCUUUGGAAAUACAUUUCAUGACAGACAGUUCAGAAUAAAGAAGGGUAGGUUUCUUAAAGAAAACUGUGGUGCUGCGUCGGUGAAAGAGAAUAACAAUGUAAUUUCGUGUUACCAAAUCAGUUGAUAAUGUAAAUUGGCCACCGUAAAGAAAUUCAUACUCUUUGAAAUUCUUUAAGGUGGCCAAUUUACGUAAUCAACUCAGUUGAUAAUACUAAAUUACACAGUUAAGAAAAAGUACGUAAUCAGAGACUGAGAAAACCGACAGCAUGAUCAAUUUGUGAAAAAAAAAAAAAAAUUAAAAUUUGAGGCAUCAGAUUAAACACUAGAUUGAGCCAUACAGUAGAAAGAUAUGUCUUUAACUAAUGAAUGCAAAUAGCUCGAGCGAGUUUGUUUAAUUGGUGUUGUGCUCCGACAGCUCGUCCAAGUUCUCUCUCGACUGUGAGUGGGGCAUUUAAUGGAUGACUAGGCCACAAACACCCUUGUUUGAGACACUAACAUAAGAUUUUCUCGAGGUAAUGCUCCAUAAACCCUCUAAGUCACAUCGCGUUAUACAACAUGGCACUCAGUCCAAUUUGGAGGUCACGGUUUGUGAACAUCGCCAAAAAUUUAGACUAAAAAUAUUCAGUAUUUUCUCUUGCAAUCCGUCGUGUUCUUUCGCAUCCUUAAAUGUAGCUUUCAUUUAUCCAGCUUCCAUGUCGCCUAUUUGCUUCUCUGUCUCACCCUAGUCGAAGAUAAUUUUGCAUUGUUUUAAGACAGCUCGAAAUUUGUUUUUGUUUUUGCAUUUUGCUCCACAAAAUCUGCGGAAAGAAGAAUGAUGUAAGAACCAACGAUCCUCGUGGAACCAUUAACUUUUGAUAGUUCAGUUAGUGUUGAACACACAUCACAACGAGAAUUGUUUUGAUGAGAUGAGCUAUUGAAUAGCUUGCAAUCUAUUUUUAACCAAGUACACGUGCCAGAGACAGAACGUAUAAAAAGCCGAUGUAAGGAUUUAAAAAUCAACUAAACUUUGCACCAAUAUUAAGAGUAGGCCCUUAUGAUGGUGAAUCAGCUAUAUUGACUAGUACUAGCUACGAUUGUAGGACAGGAAGUUCUUUAUUUCAGAAAUUCAUGCUUCGUUUCCUACGCGGGUUCAUCAAGGAAAGUAGAGAUUUAAAAGCAAUAAAACGCAUGGGUCGCUCCUUUAUGUCCUGUUGUGUGAAAUUAUUAGAGAGGAAUGUAAUUAAAAUUAAUUGACGUAUUUAUUCUCUGAUUGACUUUGCCAUAACCAAAACAGUGGGGCGAUCAAGAGGAACAGAAAAAUAACACGAACAAUAUUUUAUUGAAUCUAGAAUGUAACUUUUCCAACGGAAUAAAAUAUAUCCUUCUUUAGUCGUAGGCGCUUUUGUUUGGCUUUUUCUUCUCAAAUAGACUAGAGUUAAGAAAAACAGCGCUAAUUUAAAAUAGGUCACCAAUACCCUCCUCUAAGUCUCUGCAGAGGCCAAACAUGGACUCCUACUGCAAAACAAAACAUUCCUUGAAGACGUAGCUUUAAAUUCCUUUUUACAUGUCUGAUUGUUUUUAGAAAUUUUCAGGUGUUUUUUGUAGCAACUGUUAAGGUCCUUUGGCAGCCUUUAACCCUUCACUGUUUCGGACUAAUCUCCCAAGUUUCUUACAAGUAGCUGCCGGCCAAGACUUAACUUAGGAAAAGCAACUAGUUAAUAGGGAUUGAAAACAGCUCUUUGAAACCACGAGGAAUUUUGGAAAGUUCAUUUUAAUCGGCACCCUGCAAUCUUCUCGCCUUUAAGUUCUUUGAGGAGGUUUAACUUUAUUAUUAUCAGUUUUAAGGAAGCAAUUGAUGCAUACUACUCACAAAAGGUUUGCGACAGGAGUUAAACAGUACCGGAAAGUAUCGAGAUCAUACGAGAUAGUUUAACUAAGGAGUAAGGUAAAGGCUCCCCUAUCUCAAAGGAUGCAGGGUUCUUCAAAUCGAUUAGAUACAAUUCUUUCUUGUAUGAUAGACUGGAUAAGGAAGCAGGAUAAUUCAUUAGCUUUCGGCACACUCAGCUUGAUGACUACGAUCAGAUGCUCUCAAUAUUGAUACCAACAUUACAUAUGGAACUGCUUUUACAUAAACGCUUCUCCUUUUCUUUCCAGAUCCGUUGUACGAUGUAUUUUUCCCUUCGAAAGCCUGAAGUCCAUUUAUAGAAGUUUGCGCAUGACUGCUUGGACGACAAACAACAAGAUGCUGAGAGAUAACAGCGCUUUGACUUUUAUGUCCACCAAAAACUUUUGGUAAGUUUUUUUCCCUUCCAUUUUCUUCUUGUCAGACGGCUAAUAGCCAUGCGGUCUUAAAAAGAUUCGCACUGGUGUUUGGUUCACUAGCGACAUCACAUCGAAUAUUGUUAAUUAUUGAAAAAGAUCGAUUUUGAAACGUCUCGUUCGAACAAAAGUUACGUGUUCUUGCGUCACACACGAAAUAUCAAUGUCUAGACAAAGAUUACAUCACUGAUAUCUAUCUGUCGUGCUUUGGCUCGACAACACAUACUGUGUUGUCAGCUACGAAACAUUCCCGAAAACUGGGCGUGGAUUAUGUUGGAAAUUUUAAACUCGUCGCUUCCUUUUACUGGAAUUAAACAAUCAGUUCAGUUAUGCAUGAGAACGUCACUCUAAUUUCAAAAUAAAACACCUGAUGCAAAUUUCAUUGCAUGUAAUUUGAGCCAGAGAUAAUAAAUCGAUCGACGACAAUUUUAAUGUCUCGUAACAUUUCUAGUAUUAAGACCAAACCAGUUCAACUUGAAAAAAUUUUCGGCAUGAUUGGUUGGGAAAAAUAAACAAUUUUUUUUUAAAUUGUUAAUGUGGCUCUAUGUAGGAUCGACGUUAAUCUUCAACCUCAUGCGUAGUUUCUUAAACACUUGUCACCGAGUCAUGGUAAUUGUUUCCUGAGUAUAAAUUCAAAUAAAUUUUUAGGUUGUUUUCUCAUGCUUGACUGACUGCUGAUUGUGUCAAUACAAAGCUUUAUUUGAACAUUUUGAAUGACCUAUUUGGAGGCUGGAUUACCUGUUAAUUCUCGUUCUUUAUUAAGUAUUGAGAUAGAAUUUACAAGCAGGUUGUAGUUUAAUUUUCUGUUCAACCAUUGUAGUAGAAGUUGAAAAAAUUCACUGAAAUGAGCAAACGUUCAUGCAGAAGAUUCAUAAUGGUAUUUCAAGCUACUCUUUUAGAUUUUCAGUAAUAUGCCUCUUCCAUAAAUAACAUCCUUUACGUCCAUGCAAAUAAGCCUUGCUGGCCUCGCGUUUGACUGAAAUUUUUUUCUAUUUAUUGUCGGGGUAAUAGAGACUAACUUCCAUGCAUGAUUAUAAAAGAAAGAUAAUGAGACCCGCUAUUUAUGAAAGAGAUCUAAGCAAGCUGACUUUUUCCGAAGAAAACUUGCUUUGAGUUAUGGCAAUUGAGCUUGGAAAAAUUGUUUGAGAAAAGCAUUAGCUCGAUUAUCAAACUAAACAAACAAACGCUUUAAUUUAAGAUUAUGAUAAAGAUGUGCGAGUCAGUUGUGAAAAAAUUUUUUACAGAAAAAUGUACGGAAUUAACACUGGGGGCACGGAAAGAUCUUUGGUUGCCUCUGCUUUUGAUUAGAGUUCUUUUCGCGCUAUAGAGGUAACUGCGUCAGGAGACAGUUUAUAAAGAGUAAAUUAAUUUAUAUUACAGUGAUUGUAUAUUCUUUUAAACAAGAGCAGCUUCAAGCAAUGCUGAAGCUUCUGUCAAAUCAAUUUUUUGCAUCUGCUGUUUGAUUGCAUUUUAACUUCAGCGUUUUGCAUUUGCUUGUUUUACUUGAUAUGGCCUGAAAUAAUUCCUUUGUCGACCCCUGGUCAACACUCUAAUGGGCGAUGGUUCUCAAUCAAUGAAAAAGAUAGACGCUUCUAUUAAACUUUAAAUCCGAAAAUUUCAUUACAAUCUCUUAACUUCAUAGCCUCUUCCUAAUAACUUUUCUUUUAUCUUUCUCUAAUUAUCUGGAUUCUCUAAUUAUCUGGAUUAUUCGAUGAAUAAGAAAACAAUGGAAUUGACCAAACCGACCCAUAAAAAGAAAGCUGAAUGCACUUUCCUUCAUGUCAAGUUCAGCGUGCUAUGAAGCAAGCCAGCGAGGAUUCAUUGUCUGUCUCAUCUUACAGACGGUUUGCUUUCGACGGACACGCGAAAACCGUCAAAACUCAAGUGGCGCAAAGAAAAGUUAGAUUUCAUUAAAGCUUCGGAAAGCAAAUAUCAUUUUGGCGUCCAUAGUUCUAAAAUCUGAUUUUCUGUUGCUAUGACUCGGUAAUGCCUGAUAAAGACUCGUGUGACGUCGACUGUCUGCGCUACUGAAGAGACUUUUUUUAACGUCACUUUUUUGAAACCAAAACUUUGUAAUUCCCGAAAUGUGAAUUCUGUUUCCUUCUAACGCUCAUUUUGACAACGUCGGAAAAUUCCAGUCGAUGAGAAUAAAAAUGUUCACAAAUCCGAUUUGACGGGUGGAACUGUUGUAUGCCACUCUGCGCCGGAUCACGCCGCUAGCUGCUCAAGCUGACAAACAAAGACGGACGGUUCUGGUGCGAUGCAUGACAUUCAACGGAAGUUCAGCAAAAUUGGGCGUUUCGAAUGAAAGAUGUGGUUUUUUGUCUUUGGAAGAAUUUCUUUUCAAAUCUUUGAACGCAAAAAUAAACGGUAAAGGGCAAGGUCAAAAAUUUAUACCCAUGCCAUCUGGCUUUAGCCCUUGACCGCCAUAAUGGAAUGGGGAGGUUGACGUGAGCCGGUCUAGAAAAAAACCGUCAAGCUCCUCACUCACAUGGUGCGGCGAGACCAAUUAAUUUACAAUUUAGUUUUCUGUUCCAAGAGUAAGCAGACUAUUGAUCAUUUCACGACGGUUUUCGUUUAUCGUAGCGCGGCUGAUUAAUGUAUGUAGUUUUAAACAAGAUGUGUUGAGCAACUGUUAUCUUCGUUCGUUCUUUUUUUUUGUACGUUCUCCUUUACGUCAACCGUCGUGGUUUCCUUAUUAAAAAAGUGACUGGAAUCUAAAGUUAUUUUUACAGGUUAAUCUCACGCCCUUAUUCCCAAGCGACGCCAUUGUUAUUUGACUGCAAACUUCAAGUGUUCAUCAAACAUUUUUUAAUGUAUUAUUGAGUUUCUUAGACUUUGAGACUUCACGUGAUCAAUUCCCUUGGCAAUGUCUCCAGGAAGACGUUUAUAAUGACGUGUUUUCAGCGACAGUCAGUACAUUUUUCUGUAUAAAAAUUUCCCACGACUGACUCGCACUUCUUUAUCGCAAUCUGAGAUGAAAGGGUUUGUUUGGUAAGUUUAAUACUCGAGCCAAUGCGUUUUUCAAACAAUUCUUUCCAAGCUCAACUACCAUAACUAAAAGCAGGGUUUCAGCUGAAAAAGUAAACUUGCCUAGAUCUCUUUCAUAAAUAGCGGGCCUCAUUAUCUUUCUUUUUAAUUCAUGAAGGCUGUCCUCUUUUUCCUCGAAAGCAUGUAGGAAAACAAUUUCAGUCAAAAGCGAGGCCAGCAAUGCUUAUUUGCAUGGACGUAGAAGGAUUUUAAUAAUGGAAGAGUUAUAUUACUGAAAACCUACAAGAGUAUCUUGAAAUACCAUCAAUCUUCUGCAUGAACGGUUGCUCAUUUCAUUGAUUUUUUUUUUCAACUUACAUUCCGAUCGUUGAACAGAAACCUACAACCCUCUGGCUUGUAACCGUCGGUAUAUGCCGGGGAGCUCAUUCACAUAAAUACUUUACUUAAAUUAACUUAUUUCUUCUCUUUCAGCAUAGCUGUCUUUGGCAUUGUCCUUUUCAUAGGUUCUUGUGAAAGCAUAAAAAAAGGUAAGUUUCAUUACACUAUAAGUUUUGCCAAGAAAUUCGCAUAGAUAGAUAACGUUUAUUCCCGGACCAGCGUAGGUGAAAAAGUGAGCACGUGUCUUUGGGCCAGUGCAAAACCGAAGUUAGGUGAAAAUCGCAGGAUACCUUGUAGGUUACAAUACACUGAAAGAGGUCCAAGAGAAAUCUACUCACGCUUGGUAGUGUGAGUUCACAUUGAUUGAACUGAGGUGAGAAGUCGUGUAUUCCAACGCACUUUGACUCAUUUUCUCAUCUUUGUACGACAGGUAAAAAUUUCCUUUUCCUCAGCACAUAGCAAAAAAAAACUUGUCGAUGUAUUUGUAGAGAGCCACUAAGGUGGAUUUUGAUGUUAGAACUGAGGGAUUUUCGUUUGGUGUUUUAUGGUUUCAGCCCAAAAAAAAAUUCGGCGAGAUAUUCAGAACGUUUAAGGUUAUCGUUUUAUUUUUUCCUGUUAGAAAUUUGGCUGUUAGCUAUCAGUCCCUUAAGUUGACAUAUUCACGGAUUACCGCCUUCUGCCCUUCCGCUGUCGUUAAAAAACACCCUGUUCAUAUUUAUUUGCGGCGAAAUUCUACACUAGUCGUCUGAGCAACUGGUUCUUAAGAACAGCAACUGUUUCAGCUUUGGAGACAAAAAAAACAAUAGGGAAAGAUAAGAGAAUUGUAGAGUAAAAGCUCUUUUGUUUGUGGCUGAAUAACGAAAUUAAAAGGAAAAUUGCAGUUUUUUAAAGCUAGUGAGAUGAAAACAAGCUUUAAUUAUCCAACCAUUUAAACGUACCUUUAUUCACAGAAGCUAUCUGUGCUAUCGUGAAUCUUUGUCGGGAAAGAGUAGCAUUGUCCUCAAUGUUGGAAUCAUUUCCUAAUUACUUAGUCCCAAGUUAAAAAUUGCGACUAAAUUGCUUUAUGUUUCAGAGACGGUUUUAUAUUCGUGUUGAAAUUUUAUACAAUGGCCUUUCUAAAUAGUUUUCCCUACCGUUGAUUUAUCUAGUCAGUCGCUGAAAAUAUUGUAUUGUCUGUCGUAAACUUUUCAAAUAGAUUAUCUGUUAACUUCCCCCGCCUCGUUAUCUCCCCUUUGUGUGACUAAUAAUGCUAAGUACUCAGUAGGCGUAAAUUUUUUGGGCUUAUCUCAUGAGGUAUGAUUAGCGAGUGAGCAACUAAUGAUAGAUCACUGAUUUAAAUAGUCGUAUGCUUGACCUUACGUAAGUUACCGCAAAAGCCCUUAACAAGGCUCGUACCUUACAUCGCAUGCACGCUUCUUUUAGUUCGAUAGAUAUCAUUACCUCCAUUUUGGAAAAGAUACUAACCGAAAAUAAACUGAGAAAAAGGUAGUGGAGGUAAAGUAACCUAUGACUACUUAAGUUUAUCCCAGAUGUCUGUAACACGCAGUGAUACGUGGUAUGUCUAUCUACCCCCCUGGAUGGGAUGAUAGUUCAUUGCAAGUCAACCCCUCGCAUUUCGUUAGGUUUUUGUGUCAGUUUGCAGGUACUCAUUUGUAAUCCUUGCUGGAGAGAGGUCAACUGAAAAUAUGAUGAUUCGCCCGAGAACACAACACAUCAACCCGGAGAGGUCAUGAACUGAGACCCCUCGAACGUAAUUCCAUGCACCAAUUUUCAAAUUACCAGGGCGAAAAAAACAGCUCAUUUUGCAGAAAAAUUCAUGCAAUAAUUGAACUAACAGUGACCUUUAAAAGAUCUCGCUCCCUGAGUGAAUACCUUUUCAUCUCACCACCAACACGGUAUCGCCCUGAUCCCGACUUCACUUGUUACCUAAGAAAUUGCCCUCUUACUUAAAAUUCUCCCGCUAAGAAUAACUCCUAUGUGACUACCGAUAAAAUAAAAUCCUUAUCUCUUUACUAAAUCUUAAUCUUCUUAGGAUAUAGCUUGGAAUUUAUCGAAAGCCGAUUAGUUCGAGACAAAAAUCGACUACAUUUAGAUGUUUUGAGACACUAACGAGGAUUAAUUGACUUAAGCUUGUGGUUUUUUUUUAGAGCCGGAGAUUGUCGGCAAUUAAGGAUGCAAGGCCGUUGUGACUAAAUAUACUGUUAUUUUAUUAUCAUUACUAGAGCGUCUAAAUUUGGGGCUAAGGCUAAACGUUCUUAUUUUCUGGCGAUUUUAAGCCUGAUAACGUCCUUAACAUUUUCUUAAAGCUGUGUGGUAUAGUAUUUCAAUAAAUCGAUUAUGAGCGACUGCAAACUGAGUUGUUCUUCAGUAUAUUGUGCAAUAAGAAACAUCAUUGUUGCAAUCAAAAAUGUCCUUAGGUAGUUGAGUUAAUAGUCCUGUUAGUCCAGAGUUUUACAUUGUUUUCAACAUUUGUUUAUACUUCUCCCAAAAAAGGCAAAAUGGAGACGCUAUUGACUGACUCUCGGCCUGGGUGUGCUCUUACUACGUUCUUAAAAUUUUGGUUUAUCUCAGCCUGAACAUUUUUCUAAAAAAUGUUCCUAUGAAAAAUGAGUGUAGCUUUUUCUUUAGCAUAUUUUUGUUUGUUUUUAACAAUACAUACGUGUUAUUUUUUCUAUUUAAGGGUUUUCAUUUCUUGUAAGUUAUUGUUUGACUGCUAGUUGUCGCUGUGUUAUAGAUAUUAAGUAAACAUACAUUAAAUGAUGAAUCUUAAUAGUCAAAUUGCAUGUAGAAUUAGCAAAAUUUUCGCUACAUACUUGUGUUUUUUAUUGUGGUGAAACAUCUAUAAAGCAAAUGUGUUCAACCUAGGACGGUAAACUAGCAUAUCUAUUUGGAAAAUGAAAAAGGCUAAAUUUUUCGUCGGGAUGCUCGAGGUAAUAGUUAUGAAGCUUUUCAAAGCACAAAACUUCUCUCCAAUAAUUUAACGAAACCAAAAAUCUUAUGCCAAAAUGAAAACCUGCAGAGUUUGCGCUUAAAAUUUUAGAUGUUGAUCUCAUAACAUAACUGAGAAAGCACACGUUUAUACUUGCAUGGGAUUUGUCCUGCCCCUGCCCCCAGAGGUCUUGUUUUCUCUCUUCCCCCCCUCCCCCCAUCACCACCAUUGAUCGAUUCCCCCAUUCUACACAGGAACGUGUUUGUGUCAUUGAGAUCGAAGGAAAAUUACCUUCCAGGUGCCUUCGAGACCAGCCGAUAACAUCGUCGAAGAAGGGAUUAUUUUUACUGAUUUUGUUCUCACCACUUUCAGAUCCUCCUAAACGAUGUGAUUUCAACGGUGUUCACUACAACUUAGGAGACACUUGGAAUCCUUUCUUGUUGCCAAGUGGUUACUUCCGAUGCAUAAAAUGUGCCUGCAAAUUGGUAGGUAUCCCAUGUCGCCGCGAAAAGUAUGUAAAAGGCGAUGAAUCAACAGAAAUCAUUUUGAUCAGUUUGGUGGAUUUAUUGGGGAAGACUUUUGCGGGCAUGACGGUUUAAUUCUGUUUCUUGGAACCGCAGGAUCAUUGCUUUUUAGUGUAAUUGCUUCUAUAUUCCAAGGGAUUGGGUUAAUUAUAUUUAAUACAUCUGCAGGCCCAACGUAGGGUUACUUUGAUUGUUUAUAGUUAAUUUAAUUCUUAGUUCAACGCUCUUCGUAUCGCGCGGACCCUUUGGUUCCUCAUUCAAAUGAUCACCGACGUUUAAGAUUUAUCGUAAGAAUAAGUGAUCUUCAUUGCUAGAUAGUAAAUUUUACUAACGGUACUCACUGAAAAUGUGCAUCUUAUUGGUAAAGAUUGUGAAGAUAUCUUUCUUGAGCAUUUUUAAGUCAGAGACAAAACUUACAUAGGGAUCUUUUGCGUCCUUUGAAUAAGACAAAUUAACUUCUAUCUUCGGAAAAACAAGAGUUUGAAAAUACUUUUAUUUAAGACGUUCCUAUUAGCUGGAAUGUAACUUGCAAACAGGACAAAUUUCUUUAGUUUCUGAAUGUGACGUAAUGAAACAAUAUUAGUGACCUUACCGGAAAAAAGAUGGUUCUGUAGGUGCUGUCUAAAUUUUUUGUACCCAUGUGCUCCUUGCUGUUGCCUUCCUUUAUAGUCAGACGAUGGUUCGUUGGCGAUAAUAGACUGUUCGCAAUGUAGGACGCAAUCGAAUCCAGGUAUGUGAACAUGUUACUUGAGUAAGUGAAAUGCAAAGAUAAAAAAAGUCAAAAAAGGAAUAAAAUCAAUAGAUGUAGCUUGCUGAAAAUUUCCAAAAAUUCCACGCAUGUUCCUCUCUGAGUCAUAUAUCGUGUACGUAUGUGUCUGUGUCAAUCACCGAAAGAGAACUCUGUUGUGGAGAAGAAAAUCGUUUUUCUUAUAUCGGCAAAAAGGGAAAUUGAAUGACUAGUUCUUAAAAAAAGGCCAUGUGAGUCUGGCUUAUUGUUUAUUUUCUUUUUAGCCCUUCCUUCGACAAAAGAGCAACAGAGGAGUUGUACUUAUAAAAAUGUUUCGUGGAAUCACGGUGUGGUGUGGAAAGACGAUUCCAAGAUUCUACCGAAUGAUAAACAGUGUAAAGAAUGUAGCUGUACGGUGAGCAAUAUCAGUUCUUAUAAACGAGUGGCGAUAACAGUUAGUAUAUGCCAAAAGAGUGGCUAGCGCUGAAGGUAUGCUCUGAUUGGCCACACAAACUUCGAGUAUCCUUUGGUAUUCGCCUUCGAGAAACUCGCUCGGGAUUUGCGCCCGAAAAUAUUGUAAUUGUUGCAGGAAUGAAUAAUUUAAAAUCAUCUUUCUAAGCUCUGUUAUCUCGCUCUUUUAGUGUAUACUAGAACAAACAUACACCUCAGUGUCGGUGGCUAGCCACGUCCACUUCGGUGAAUAAUUUUUGACUGUACGGAUUUCUUCAAAUCUAAUAUUUAUACCAUCGAGAGGCAUUUUGACGUUUUCCUGCAGUGGUCUGUACGUUUGGCUAACUAUAAAAAAGAAAUCUUUAUUAUUCGGUUGUGUCGCACAUUGCACAUUGUUUCAUUGGACUUGUCCGUCAAAGAUUAUGACAUCGUAAGUAAAUGAUAAGAUGUGAAAAACGUGCAGGGACAAGGAAAAAAGGAGUUGCUAAUUAUAUGCUACGCAUCAUUACUAACUGCGCGUGCGCCACAUACAAAUGUGGGAUUGGGAUAAGGGAUAGGGAUUGUUUAUUACAUUCUCAGGAUUGUUUCUUGAGAAACAUGCAAGGACUAUUACGUGCAACGUCUUUCAUACUAUUUUUCAUUUAACUUUUCAAAUGAUUUGUGACAUGCUGAUGUGGAAAUGGAUGGGAUCUCAUACCAUAGUUUCGUGGGCUCAAGAUCCACCCAGGGUGACAUUGUCUUUGUCAUUGGCUCUGACGAAGGCCUAAAGUUUGAAACGUCAGCUUUGAAACUCUUUACGGUGGCCAAUUUACGUUAUGAGCUCAAUCGAUAAUACUAAAUUACCCUGUUAUACUUUGCCACCGACAAGCACCACAGUUUCUUUAGAAAUUCACCCCUUUUAUUCAUGUGAUAUAUUGUCUAAUAAGGUCAAAAGAGGCUCGGAAAACAGCACCAUUUAAGGCUCUAUUGGCAACAUUUUUAUAAAAAAAAAAAAAAGCACGCAAAUAUGAAGAAAUAUUUUCUUUUAUUGCUUGUUUUUCUUUUGAUUUUCUUUUGUACAAUUGCAGGACGGAUAUGCCACCUGCGCCAUCAGAACUUGCCCAGUCCUUACCUGUCAGAAUCAAACAGCUGGACAAGGAUCUUGUUGUCCUGUUUGUGCAGGUAUAAUGCAUUCAAGUCAACCGUAUGACUGUCUUGACGCAAACCGUGACGGAUGUGGACAAAAUACUCAUAGUCAUAAGCCCCAAAGUGUCUUAAUGAGCUUCCUCGUGGGGAUAACAGACCAUUUUAUAUAUUCAUAUUUAAAUAUUGUUCACAUCUCAUGGCGAAAUUAAUCGAUCAAGUUAUAACUAGAUCAGAUUUUAGGAAUUUGCAUUUCGGAAGUUGAGUCUGUGUACUGUUAUGGUAGUUUUGAGUGUGAGCUACCGCAAAAAAAUACACAAGAAUUUCCAGUUUCAGAAGGCUUAGAAAAGGAAAGCCAGUCUUUGUAAACCGUGUUUAGAACGUAUUGAGCUUUUCACUUGCCACUCUGAUUGUAGAAGAAAUUCAUUCGAAAAAACAAAUUACAACAUCUUUGAGUUGUAAUUAGCUGAGCUGGUUAUUACUUCCACGCGUUAAGUCGAAAUUUUAUUAUUAUCGAUUUUUGCUGAGGGGUUUACCUACAUCAGCCAUGCUGCAGCAUCACGCUCAAUACUUUUUCCUUAUCACUCUUCUGAAAGAGGGGGUGGGUGCAGCGAAGAGUGACAGUCCAUUAGUCACUCUUGGAAGAGAAAGGAUGACACUUUUGAUACGGUGAAUUCGGAAAAAAUUUCCCAUACAACAAACACGUCCCAACAAGUUUUAAACAUCUUUUUUCCUUUCUCUUUGAAAUUGAGCUGCUUUUAGAAGGAAUGUUUAAGUAACCUUUCUCUCUUCUAUUGUCGUUUCAGACCACUUGCAGACUCUUCGGUCUCCCAUGGGUAUGUCCAGUCUACUUUUUGUUUGUUUGGGUCGGCAGGAAAUCAAUAAAACAGUAUUUUCUCCAAAGAAAUUUAUAGUAAAGAAAUUUAAUGAAUGGAAGAAGAAAUUGAAAAUUAACAGAAGAAACAAUGCAAAAGUAAAGAAAUAAAAAGAUUUUCGUUUAAUGUUUCCAGGUUCAAUUGCAAUUUUUAAGCGUCGUUUUUUAGUAGGAGGAAACCGUAGAACUAGGAAAAAAACCCUCAGAGAAAAGACGAAAACUAAUAACAAACCUAGCCCCCCAUUUGACACAAAGUUCAGUUAUCCAUCCCAGACCAGGCGAUCGUUCACAUAGUCCCACCAUUCACGUUCCCCUAAAACUACUCCACAUGAAAUUUGAUGUUGUACAAACCACUUCCUAAUCAAUACGUACACGUCUGGGUUGUUUCACACUUUUUCCCAGAUAAAAUAAGUAGUUAAACAAUACAAAUGAAGUUUUUUAUAAGAAAAAUCAAUGAGGGAUACCUUUAGAGUUUUUGAUAUUGUUUUUGUUCUUAUUUUAACUGUUUUUUUAUUAGUGAGGUUAUUACGAUCGAGUUAUGUUACUUUCUCUUUGCUUUUUAUCGAAUUAAGAGCCUGCCGUUGAAAUUGAAAUGUUCUCUUUUCAGGGUGUGAUAUGAUGAAUAGAUAUUACAAUCACGAGGAAACCUGGCACCCAGAAUGGCCCCAGACAAAUGAUCGUCACCCCUGCAUCACAUGCAGUUGUCAGGUAUUUGCAUUGUAGGCUUGUUUCAUAACUUCAAAGGAAUUACCAGAAGUUAUAAAAAAGACGUUUCUUUCCUUUCAGUUGAAAUAUUUCACCACUGUCAACUAUAGAGAAAGCAAAAUGGUAUUAUUGAGCGAGUUCCAAGAAGGAAAGGCCGAGAUCUAUAUGUUGACCAUAUAAAGCGAAACAAGGUUGCUACAAGGCCUCAAUUUUUUUUUUUGUUUCACCUUUCUCCUCAGAGCUCUUCAGUAAAUUGCAAUAAGACCGUCUGUCCUGCGUUAACCUGUAGAAAUCCUCAGCCGAAACCAGGGGAGUGUUGCUAUUCCUGUCCAGGUAUUUUUAUUUUAACCCUUCAAUUCUCAGAAUUGAUAAACAGGUCACUUUUCUUCUCGAUACUGAUACACCAUCGGUGAAUUGAUGAUAAUAAAACUCAAAUUUAUCGGGAAAAUUGUGCUGACUUAACAAAAAGAGCAUUUCCUUUGAGUGUCAUCAAAACCAAAUCAAAGGUAUCAUGACAGCCAAUCUGAGGAAAGAAAUAUACAACCAGGAGCCAAACAGAACUCAAUGUAAAAGCAAAGAAACUGAUUGGAGCGCGUGACCAAGGCGUGAUUGGCUUCAGUUUUGAAUCUAAUUUUUUGAGAAGAUGACCCGAGUUUUUUGGACUAAUCUUGAAGUAAAGCGAAGAAAAUCCCGGAAAUCCUUCGACGCACGAUUCAAAAUUUCUUCAACACCAAUUUAAAAUGAGUAGCAGCUUGAAGAGAGAAUUACGAGUCACAUCUUGUAAGAAGGAUGCUUGAAAUUGUUUGUUGAACAAAAAAAUUCCGUUGAGGUCUUACAAACCUAUGGGUUCCUUACAGCCGUAAAUCAUAUCGAUUUUCUAUGUUUGAAGCGACCAGUAGUAAUGUUUCAUCUUGGCAAGGGGAACCAAAAAUAUUUGAGAAUCCACCAACGCUCCUGACCCAAAGAUAUCAGAUCAAUGGAGUGAGGUAAUUGGACUUUUCUCUCGUGCAUUCAACGCUGAAAGUUCACCAUAGGGCAAAGCCCAAGACAUUUCAUAUUGCAACCCUCGUGUGAUUCAUGUGAUCACUUUUCAUAUUUGGGUUUUAUGAAAAAAAAAAAAAAAAAAAAAAAAAGCAUGUGAUUUAAGACCUUUUCAGGCUUUAAUCACUCAGAAAGUCCAGUGCUCCGAUCUCCAGUUAAACCUCAACCAAAAAUGAGAAAUUUCACGACGGAUUCCCAGUCACCAAUAAUUUAGAGAACUUUGCUUAAUCAACUGAGCUGGCAAUGUGAAUUGGCCACUGUAGAGAGAUUCUAAGGCUUACGUUUCAAGCGUUAGCCCUUCGUCAGAGUGAUUCAUAACAUCAGCUUUAGAAUCUCUUUACGAUAACCACUCACAUUAUCAGCUCAGUUGACAAAACCAAAUUACCUUCGUAUACCCCCACCGACAAAGGCAUCACAGUUUCUUCAGAAAAGUAUCCCUGUUACAAAAAACCGGUAAGUAACUUAACUGUCCAUAUAUUUCUCGCAAUCAAGACGGUCUAAGAAGUAUCACUGUCUCGUGUGCGCUGUGCAGAAACCCUCACCAGAAGCAGCUUUUUCUUCAACAUAACGACACUAUAACAAAUAAGUUACUAUAAGCUUUUUAUGAUGUUUAUUUGGCAUUCGAAAACAAGAAUGUCAAAAUUUCCAUACCAAUCACAGCUUCGAAAAAAUGAUUUGAAAAAUAGAGAGGUGGAGUCGUUGUUUUUAAAGUCGUGGUUUGCAUCGUUUCCAUCCAACUUAAACUGUAUAUCUUACUUUCCUUCCGAUCGAUUUUCUCAGUUGAUUUUUAUCAAAAUUAUGCAGUAAAUAAUUAUUGGCCACUCGCUGAAGAGCGAAAGAUCGUCGUACUUAUCUACGCUGUUCAUUGAUUGAGGGAAACAACAAACUCGCCACGAUAUAAGAAUGCAAGCAGAGACACGUGGUAGUAAGGAAACAUUUUAAGUACCAUCUAGUCAGCAGUUAUACGAUCAAGUUUUUAACGAGAUCAGAUAACCGUGAAGGGAGAAAACGAGCGCACGAAAAUCAUUGCACACUAUCCAGUUACACAUGGAGGACCCGUAAAUUGACUUAUUGCAAUGUCAAAAAAAAAAAACGUGUGCACAUUGCCUUACAGGCGCUCAAAUCAUUCUGUGGAUGGCCAAUUGAAUGAGAAAUUUAAAAAAAUUUCCCUCUGUUUACUUCAUUAUCAGUCAGUUAUUACAUUAGCCAGAGUCACCUUUCCACCGCAGCCCAUAGCUUUUAACCUUUAUCAGUUUCUCGUCAGCUAAUAACCGUAAUCAAGUAAUGCUGUUCACUUUUCUAAUGGUAAUACUAGUGUAAAUUUAGAAGAAACAUUUUAAGCUGCUAAGCUAAUGCGUGCUAAUUCAGCCUUGAUUUGCUUCUCCUUGCUUUUGUGGCUAAUUGAUUUCAGCUAACUCCGUUAAAGUGAAAAGGAAAAUAUCUUCCAAACCCUCAGGAAGUAUCGGAAGUCUGCUAAGACGGAGAGGUAGGAGUUCCACAUUUGGGCAACGCAUUGCAUUGCUGCAGCAGGUCAGGGAAAAGUCAGGGAAUUUCACUUUGAGUCGGGGAAAAUUUACCUCUCUUGAAAGAAGUCAGGAAAAAAUGACAUUUCAAAUAAAUAUGAAUUCUUUCAUUUUGUCGUGGCCCUCUUAUGAUUAAAGAUGGUGACACUUUCCUUUUUGUGAUGAUGAUGUUACCCAUCAAAUGUACUUUGUUCGGUAUAAUUGGAAAAUUCCCGACUAGAAAAUCCUUCCCUUUGUGAUGCAAGUGUAAGUUGGUUUAUGACUGAAAUCAUAAAUUUUCUUUUCCUUCUAUUUUCAUCUAUUUCCAAUUCUCGGGUAUAUUUCACGAGACUAUCAAUGCUUUCUGCAUGUUGCUUUAGGCAACUUUCAAUUCAUAUACACUGUAUGUGACUUACUGAAAGCGUUAUUUUCUUUCCCAGUAUGGCUUUGAAAAUUUUUGUUCCAACCAACCCCAACCAGGGUCUCUAUUUUGACUAUUAUUUUGCACCCGCGAUACCUUUGCUCUUACUAGCCAAAAUAAUUUCAUCCUCACCUCGCUUAAUGUUAGUUAACUCUUCAUAUGCUUAUACUGCUAAUAUCUUACUUCGAUUCAAUAAAGUAAAAUAAUGGUAAAGUAAAAAUAAUGCUAACCCCUGCGAAAUACAUUAACUUCCUUAUAGUGCACAAUCGCAAUUCGAUUAUCGUCGACUUCAAAAAUUGGUCCAGAAGAAGGAAAGGUAGAAAAGGUAAAUUUUUCACACGAACCAAGCGACAAUGAGUAACGCAACCUCUCUCUCCGAGAAGCAAUGCUAUCUUAUCACUGGGGUAUAAAUUCAAAACCAAAAAGAGAAGCGAGAAGUAUGUUGUGAGGCCCAUAGCGGCUACUGAAAUGUUAGUCUAGAUCAAAAAUAUCAGUAAUUUACACAUCAAUGCAUUAGUCAGUAUUCGAUGUUGAGUUCCAGGUCAAUUCGAGGUUGUCUCGAUGCAACGCUAAAACAACGCAUUAAAUUCAGAGGAGUUGAUAAGUUAGUAAGUCGGACGUGCUUAAUUCAUUAAAUUACAAGGUCUCGUAUUCUUAUUGGGAAACCUCUUACUCGUUCGUUUGCUCAUUAUAGUGAUACAGUAUUUAAAUGCUAACAUGUGGUGGACUUUUUCUAACUUUUGACUUCCUGGACCGGAAAAAAUGAGUCGUACAGUUGAAAUUAGAAAGUGCUUCCAAUUAUUUCAUCUUUUACGAAAGAUUUAAAAGCUCAAAUUUAAAAAAAAAAUUUGCGCAAACUAUCAGCGUCGAUAUCACUCUCAACCUUUCGACGGUUUGCACGGUAGAAGUUGGCGAAAAUCAACUUGGAUUUUCAUUAUCAGGUAAUGCAUUGUUUCAUACCCUUCGAGCGUGGCAAUGAUCUUUAUCACUAAGAACUUCAAAUCAUUCGGUGGAAAAAUGAACUAUGGGUAACUCAAAAUAACAGUUACGAGAGUCUUUGUGAAUCUUUACGCGGAACACUCCGACCCCUCCCCUCCACAACCCAAUGAGAACGUCCACCAUACCCCGGUACUCAUUCAUCAGUCUUGGCUGCCCCAAUAGGUCGUUUGUUCUUUAGCUCGGUCCUGGCUGAGUUGAUCUUUUCUAAGGGUCAUAUUAUAGUAUUAGUAGUAUUUAAAGUAAGUUGCUUACCCGCCAUAAGGUCUCAUUAUCUGCUCUUCAUAAGACGCAGAUGUUCAAGUUCAUCAAAUUUACCCCAAAUGGUUUUUUCAGUGCAAAAUAUUUAUUCAUCUUCUCAUCUUAAUCAAUUGAUUAUUCAUUUAUUUAGUUGUAUUCCAUUUGUUUAUUCAUUUAUCACAUUGGUUUGUUGACAGAGCCAGGAAUACCAAAGCCCCCUGCUGACUGUAAGUGGGGAGGAUUAACGAUUGCUCACAAUACUUCAUUUUUUCCACCAACUCUUGGUGCAUUUUCAAAUUGCAUCUCCUGCUUCUGCAAUGUAAGUUUUUUUGAAUGACACAGUGCGUUUUUAAUGUUUGUACAUAUCUCGGACGCGGGGUGGUUCCGAUACAAGAAGAUCCUUUUUUAACUCCAAACUGUUCCUUUUCCCAGAAACACUCUGCUUCGAACGCUUGACUAUCUGACAUUAUAACCCACCCACUAAUUUUCGCGCAAUACUAUUGGCCUCUAAACGUCACGUGGUGCAAAGUCACCGCACGAAAGCUUAUGGUAAAGUCGAGGCCUUACCUCUAACGAACCAAAGAAUGUGGAAAAACAAACUGAACAGCAGUAUAUCAACUAUACUGAGUGUAUCUACGUUCAAUGAGAGUAUUUAACCUUUUACGUCUCUUUUCACAGAACUCUAAAUUAGUCGAUUGUAAGCGUGUUACAUGUCCGACUCUCAAUUGCAACGACACUUUUAAACCCCCUGGGAAGUGCUGCCUGGAAUGUAGAGGUAAGCUUAAGUUUUCAAACAUCUCCAGGCUUUUUAUGAAAUCUAUUCCCAGAAGAAGAUAACCGUACUGCUCCGUGUUACAGCUAAGCAAAGGAAGGGAAGCACGUCAGUCUCCAACUUCCUCAACAUUACAUCGUGUUCUAAUUCCCUGAAUUAGAAUAAAGGCGAAUAUUGCACCAUGAACCACCUUAAACUGACUCUGCUUUUAGGUUCCAAAGAGUAACCUAGCAUUUCAGAAAUGUCUUCGGCUUUGCACAAAAUGCGACUGCGGACGCACCAAUUGACUCUUCGUUGAGUCUCAGAACUAAUUUUUUUUUUAUCACCUGGCGUUUUAUUUGAACUAUCAGAAACUACAUUAAUUUAUUAUCUCAUGAUUAAAUGAUCGUGUCGCAGAACACGGUGUGCGAUUCUCUGAUUGGUCAUUUUCUUAAAAUACAAGCAGGUGAGUUGAGAUAAGGUUCAACAGUUUUGUUGAAGUGCUGCUCUCUAUUUGUAUGUAGCUCUUUCAAAUUAUCUGGUCUGUACUUUUCGUUCCAUUUUUACAUCAACUUUGUAAUCGAAAGACCUGUUUAUAAUUCAAAUCUUUCCCCCACUUCCCCUUCUUAAGACUGAUGUUUCUCUAUUUAAAAUGGGAAAAAUUUCUUCUGAAGAAAAGUUCGUAGUUCAAAUGGUGCGGCGUUUUUUCUUGGCCAAGAGGUUCAUCAGAUACCUUUUACCGGAAAUAUUAAGCAAACUCGUUUACUAUUACGAGCUCCAUUCCCAAAGUUCAGAUGCAUGUUUCUUAAGGAGUUUGAAUUAAAGUCCGAAAGGGACGAUGCUGGUGAUGUUUAAGAUGAUGUUGAUGCGAUGAAUAAGCGUUCUUGCUGUAACCUUUUUUUGUCAGUUACGACAGAAAAGAAAGACAGCAUGCAUUCACAUGGAAAUGGACUUUGCAAUGUUGGAAAAUCCCGGCGCCUCUAUGAAUAUCAAUUCCCAACGCAGAGAAACUCUAACUACAAGGUACAAGUUGCUUUGGUGGAUAACGCCAAUAAUUUUGCACAGAUUUACUUCACCUCUGCAAACAGGACAUGGAAAAAUCCGCCCACUGUCACAAACACAACCAAGAGUAACUUCGAUUCAAUCCUAAGACAGAGCAAUAGGUACAAGUACAUUGGCAAGAUAAAGGAGGGUAAGUGGUAACAGAUAUAGUUACUUAAAAUAGGUGGGAAAAGGGGAUAAUUUAUAAAAUGCUCUUGUUCACCACUUCACGGGUUUAUUUGGAACCAACACACAGACCAGCUCCCAGUUGGCUUGUUAGCUGAGUUGGUAGAGCACUGCACCGGUAUCGCAGAGGUCAUGGGUUCAAAUCCCGUACAGGCCUGAAUUUUUUUCAGGCCUUCUUUUCACUACUACUUCUGCGAAGAUCGCUUUCAUAUUCAAAAAUGCUCUUCCUAGGUAAGAAAGGGAUCAGGAUCAUGAGUCGACUUCAGCGUCCAUGUGGUAGCCAGGGAUGCAUCCAUACACUGCAAAAGAUAAUGGAGCGACUCCGUGAACGAACUAAAUGCUCCCCGAUGGUCAUGGCUACACCACCUCAAACGAAACACACUACCAUAGCUCCACCACCUCACAAAAUUCUCAAGCAGGAGACAGACCCCUAAAACUUCCUGAGAUUUUUGACGUGACGAAAAACAUUUAGUAUGUUUGAGGGAACGCCAGGACUGUUUCCGGCCCAAAUGGUUCUUGUCUUUUAGCUACGCCAUCAGUAGAAUUCUUUGAUGUAGAUGUCACGCACUUCGUCGGCGAAGUGGAGCGUGAGGAGAUGAACGGGUCAUAGUCAUUGCCAGGGGAUUUAUAGUUUGGAGACUUUACCUUAGACUUGAAUUGAAAGUAGUGAAUAAAAUUUUGAAUUGGGCUUUUUGAAUGAUUAGAUAGUAUCUGUCACUAACCACGGAAUCAUUUGCAUGUGCUAUCACGGAGUUAAAAAUCAUAAGGAAAGCACAUGCAUCUGUAGAAGAAGUAGAAGAAAACGACUACACGGACAUUAACAGUUCUGUACGCAAACCCCUUGCUCUUGAAUAGUAUAGGUUGAAUAUGGUUUUAAAAACUGCUCCUGACACACGUAUUCAAGCGAAGUUUAAUAAUAGUAGAUCAGGAUGGCCUAUCUAUCGUCUUUUAGAACGGCACAAAAGAUGAAUUAUAACUCUUCCAUCUAUUGUCGACCAAGAAGCCGUCAAUUUCGCGACAACAACAGAAGACAAAAACAAGAAGUACCAAACAUUACGAAAUUUCAAUUUCCGUGGCUUUGAGUCUGCUUCAGAAUCAGAAUCAGAACCUAUUUAGGAGCCUUGGCUUUGUGCAUCCCUUUCGGUAGCAGCGUUGGUUAAGAUCGCUUUGUAGGAAUAUAAAGCAGUUUUCAAUUGAGUACCCAAAAAAGCAAAACCAUAGUAAUAAAGGGGGUAAGUUUGUAAAGAAACUGUGGUGCUGCGUCGGUGGGAGAGUAUUACAGGGCACUUUAGUGGUAUUAACUGAGUUGAGAACGU